GGUCCUAAUCUCGCAUCGUUCUUAGUUCUUAGAGUUGCCAUAUCCAUUUUCCCUCUAAAUGAUCUCUGAAGAAGUUUUCUAGGUCUACUUUUCGGCAUUUAGGAUCUCAAAUCGUUCUUCAAUCUUGAUUCCCACUUUUCGUUUUUCCUCGAUAUCUAACUGAAAAUGGGUUCGUCAACUGCUUUGGAUGUCAACCCAACAGACUUGACGUCGAAUGCUCUCAAUGGUCACCUUGCUUCAGGAAUGAAGUACAAGACCAGAAGCAAACCAAAGGCUAUCCCUUCUGAUGUUCAUAAAAAGGAAACUAAUAAAGUUUCUGGAAAUGACCCAAAAGAAAAGAAGCGAAAUGUGCCUGAGAGCAGUAAGCCUGCUGGUUCUCGCAAAAUGCCAAAGCGAGCUGCUGCCAGUUUGGAUAUGAAGGAGCGAUCUGCUCGUUUUUGUGAGAAAUUUUCUGUCAUUGAAACAAAAAGGGAUCCCUUGGUGGAAGAUGAGACUGUAGCUGUAAACAUGACCUCUGGUCCUGAUGAUCCUCGGCCAAAUAGAAGACUCACAGAUUUCAUCCUACAUGAUGAAGAUGGAAAUCCACAGCCCUUUGAGAUGUCUGAAGUUGAUGACCUAUUUAUUUCUGGUACUGUUUUGCACUGGGAGGGAUGUUCAGAGAAAGAUAAAGAUAAAGGUGUAAGAUGUGAAGGUUUUGGGAGGAUAGAGUCAUGGGCGAUCUCCGGGUAUGAAGAAGGGUCUCCGGUAAUUUGGGUCUCAACUGAUGUUGCAGAUUAUGAUUGUGUGAAACCGGCCAGCAACUAUAAGAAGUUCUAUGACCAUUUCUUUUGGAAGGCUCGCUCUUGUAUUCAGGUUUUUCAAAAACUGUCAAAGCCUUUUGGUGGUAACCCCGACUUGAGUUUUGAUGAAUUGAUUGCUGGUGUUGUCCGUUCAAUGAGUGGAAGUAAAAGCUUCCCCAGUGGGAUGUCUAUCAAGGACUUUGUCAUCUCACAGGGUGAAUUCAUCUAUAAUCAACUGAUUGGUCUGGAUGAAUCCCAAAAAGAUGAUAAAAGGUUUUCUGAGUUACCUGUGCUUGUCUCCCUAAGAGAAGAGAGUAGGAAGAAAGGAGAUUUUAUGCCUUCAAAUGCCCCAUCAAAUGGAAGUUUAAAAAUCAGGGAUGGGUCAGCAAAAUUGGAUGAGUCUGUUACUUCCACUGUUGUGGAUGAGGAAGAAGAGGACGCAAAGUUAGCAAGGUUGUUGCAAGAAGAGGAGUACUGGAAAUCAAUGAAAUCAAAGAAAGGACAUCGUCCAGCCACUGGUUCAAAUAAGUACUAUAUUAAGAUGAAUGAAAAUGAAAUAGCAAAUGACUAUCCCCUACCUGCCUACUACAAGACCUCUGCUGAAGAGAUGGAUGAAUAUAUUGUCUUUGACAAUGAUAUUGAUGUGUAUGAUACUGAUAAUCUUCCAAGAAGCAUGCUCCACAAUUGGUCACUUUACAACUCUGAUUCCAGGCUUAUUUCUUUAGAGCUCCUUCCAAUGAAACCCUGUGCAGAAGUUGAUGUGACAGCCUUUGGGUCUGGGAUAAUGACUGCCGAUGAUGGAAGUGGGUUCUGUCUUGACACUGAUCCAAAGCAAUCGUCUUCAAGUGUUUCAGGGCCACAACAUGUGGAUGGAAUUCCAAUUUAUCUUAGUGCAAUAAAGGAAUGGAUGAUUGAAUUUGGAUCGUCAAUGGUCUUUAUAUCAAUUCGAACAGAUUUGGCCUGGUAUAGGCUUGGGAAGCCAUCAAAACAGUAUGCUCCAUGGUAUGAGACUGUUUUAAAAACUGCAAGGCUUGCAAUCGGCAUUAUCACAUUGUUAAAGGAGCAAAGCCGUGUGUCUCGGCUUUCUUUUGCCGAUGUCAUUAAGAAAGUGUCGGAGUUUAAAAAAGACCAUCCUGCUUAUAUUUCUUCUAAUCCAGCAGUGCUGGAGAGAUAUGUGGUGGUCCAUGGGCAGAUAAUAUUGCAGCAGUUUGCAGAAUACCCUGAUGAACUGAUCAAGAAGUGUGCUUUUGUGACUGGUCUCUCAAGUAAAAUGGAAGAGAGGCAACACACAAAACUCGAAGUAAAGAAGAAGGCUGUGAUAAAGCAGGAGACGAACCUGAAUCCAAGAGCAGCAAUGGGACCUGUGUUGUCAAAAAGGAAAGCAAUGGAGGCAACAACUACUCGUCUGAUUAACAGAAUCUGGGGUGAGUAUUAUUCAAAUUACUCUCCAGAUGACAUGAAAGGAGAUAACAGUGAGCCAAAAGAGGAAGAAGUCGAUGAAGAGCAAGAGGAAAAUGAAGAGGAUGAUGGUGAAGAGGUGGAAGAGGAGAAUGUAUCAGUUCCCGAAAAGGUGGCUCCAGAAGCUCCUUCAUUCAGUCAAACUAAAUCCAAGUCCAAGAGCAAGCAAAUUGAAUGGGACGGUGAGCCAGUUGGAACAACAUGUUCUGGUGAGCCUCUUUAUAGGCAGGCCAUUAUUCGUGGAGAAGCGAUUGCUGUUGCUAGUGCUGUUGUUCUGGAAGUUGAUGAUUCAGAGGAAAUGUUGCCUAUAUAUUUCAUGGAGUACAUGUACGAAACAUCAGAUGCUAGGAAAAUGGUUCAUGGGAGGGUAAUGCAAAGGGGAUCUCACACUGUUCUUGGUAACACUGCUAAUGAGAGGGAGGUUUUCUUGACAAAUGAGUGUAUGGAAUUUGAACUGGGGGAUGUUAAACAAUCUGUGGUUCUGGAUGUACGCUUGAUGUCUUGGGGCCAUCAGCAUAGGAAGGAUAACAUUAUCUCUGAAAAGAAUGACAGAGCAAGAGCAGAGGAGAGAAAGAGGAAAGAGCUGCCUUUGGAAUAUUAUUGUAAAAGCAUGUAUUGGCCUGAGAGAGGAGCUUUCUUCAAGCUUCCCUAUGAUACCAUGGGUCUUGGAACUGGAGUUUGCCAUUCUUGCAAAAUAAAGGAAACUGAAAAGGAGAAGGAAAUCUUUGUACUGAAUUCUUCCAAGCGUGGAUUUACAUACAAGGGGCUUGAAUACGCAAUUCAUGAUUUUGUAUAUGUAGGCCCUCAUCACUUCGGGGACAAUGCUGAGGACCAAGGAACUUUCAAGUCUGGAAGAAAUGUUGGGUUAAAAGCUUAUGUUAUAUGCCAGCUGCUUGAGCUUGAUGUCCCCAACACAUCCAGAAAAGCUGACCCAAAAUCAACCCAAGUCAAAGUCAGGAGAUUCUUCAGACCAGAGGAUGCUUCGCCAGAAAAAGCAUACAGUUCUGACAUUAGAGAAGUCUAUUAUAGUGAACAGAAGCUUAGUUUGCCUGUUGAGGCGAUAGAAGGGAGGUGCGAAGUUAGAAGAAAGAUUGAUGUCCCUCCUUCACAUGGCCUUGCUAGCUAUGAACAUAUAUUCUUUUGUGAACAUUUAUAUGAACCUGAUAAAGGAGCCGUCAAGCUGUUGCCAACUAAUGUCAGACUAGAGUCCUCAAAGGUUGAUGCUUCUACAUCCAGAAAGAGAAAAGGAAAGGGCAAAGAAGGAGAAACUGAUCCUGGCAUCCUUGACCACCAAGUAGAUGCAUCUCAGAAAAACCGCUUGGCCACUCUAGAUAUUUUUGCUGGCUGUGGUGGCUUGUCCGAGGGACUAGAGCAAUCUGGGGUCUCAGUAACCAAAUGGGCAAUCGAAUAUGAAGAACCUGCUGGAGAAGCAUUCCGUCUUAACCAUCCAGAAGCUUUAACAUUUGUUAAUAAUUGCAAUGUCAUUCUAAGGGCCAUAAUGGAAAAAUGUGGAGAUGCAGAUGAGUGCAUAUCAACUUCUGAGGCUGCCGAGUUAGCCAAACAGCUAGGUGAGGAAAUCAAUAAUUUGCCUCUGCCUGGUCAAGUAGAUUUCAUCAAUGGAGGUCCUCCAUGUCAGGGGUUUUCUGGAAUGAACCGAUUCAAUCAGAGCACUUGGAGUAAAGUUCAAUGUGAGAUGAUACUAGCAUUCUUGUCCUUUGCUGACUACUUCAGGCCAAGAUUCUUCCUCCUGGAGAAUGUGAGGAACUUUGUGUCAUUUAAUAAAGGACAAACUUUCCGAUUAACGCUAGCAUCACUUCUUGAAAUUGGAUAUCAGGUGAGGUUUGGUAUUCUUGAAGCUGGUGCUUAUGGUGUUGCCCAGUCACGGAAACGAGCAUUCAUCUGGGCUGCCUCUCCAGAAGAGACACUUCCUGAAUGGCCUGAACCGAUGCAUGUCUUUGCGGGGCCAGACCUGAAAAUUUCUUUAUCUGGAAAUGUACAGUAUGCUGCAGUUCAGAGUACGGCAAAUGGAGCACCUUUCCGAGCUAUAACUGUGAAAGAUACGAUUGGAGAUCUCCCAUCUGUUGGGAAUGGGGCAUCUAAAACGAUGAUAGAUUAUGAAGGUGAACCUGUGUCAUGGUUCCAAAAGAAAAUUCGAGGGAAUAUGUUGGUUUUACAUGACCACAUAUCAAAAGAAAUGAAUGAGUUGAAUGUCAUUCGAUGUCAGAGAAUUCCUAGGCGUCCAGGUUCUGAUUGGCGUGACCUCCCUGAGGAAAAGGUGAGACUAUCUACAGGGCAGUUGGUAGAUUUGAUACCUUGGUGCCUACCUAAUACAGCCAAAAGACAUAACCAGUGGAAAGGACUGUUUGGAAGGUUAGAUUGGGAAGGAAACUUCCCGACUUCCAUCACGGAUCCUCAACCUAUGGGUAAGGUGGGGAUGUGUUUUCAUCCUGAGCAGGACCGGAUUGUCACAGUUCGUGAAUGUGCACGCUCUCAAGGAUUCCCUGAUAGCUAUAAAUUUGCUGGUACCAUUCAACAUAAGCAUAGACAGAUUGGGAAUGCGGUUCCUCCUCCAUUGGCAUUUGCAAUUGGGAGAAAACUCAAGGAAGUUGUAAACCAAAAAGAGAUGUAGUGGGUAUUUUAUUUUUAAGAACUGGCUUAGUUUAGUUGCAGCUGGCAUUGGGCGAAUUGUCCUGCUGGCUUGUGCAGAUCAUGUGCAUCUUUCAUUGAUAUGUUUAUGAGUUGUGACAAUAUUGAUACCUAUGUUAUUACUGAAUCUG